AUGAGACCUACGCAAGCCCUGUCGGUCGGCAAAUACCGCCACCUGAAGCUCACGACCAAGGAUGUCGGCCGCGGAUUCUACAAGGGUAACCGCACCGGAUCGAUGGGUCGCCACACAAAGUACGGAGGAUACGUGAUCGAAUGGGACAAGGUCCGGACCUAUGCCGUUCCCGAGAACCUCAAGGACUUCAAGCUCACGCCUUUUGUGAGCAAGCAAGUCAGGGCUUCGCCGGGCAGCUACAAGGGCCUCGAGAAGGGCCCUCAGGACCCUUACUUCUACGUCGAGCAGUGGAAGCGAUACAACGGUGUCGACUGA